AUGAAGGUCCUCGAUCAAAUCAAUGUGCUAGCUUGCCUUGCGGCAGCAGCCCUACCAGCAGUCAAUGCCGUUGCAUUGGCUUCAACCACUACUCUGGCAUGCCCUCCAGUAGCCGCUACAUCUCCUGCAGCCACUCUCGUUUGCGCAAAGACAGGUGAUGUCAAUGGUGCAAAGAGAAAAUCGAUCCGCACGUUCAAGAGCAAGUCGACUCCAUUGGGAGACGAUUGUCUGACGGAAUGUCUUAAGGAUACUACAUGUUUGAGUUAUUCAUACGACUCGAACGCAUCCAAGACAGAAUGUCGUCUUAUGCUCAAGACAGUGGCCGAGCAGGUGUUCACACCGGGAAGCACCGGAAUCACUUGGUGGGAUCGCGGAUGUUGGGCUGUUCCAACAUCGUGCAGUAACCCAGUUGUUCCUACGACGAGUGCCAAACCCAUCGUGUGUAACCGCGAUAAUGUUCUUCGAGCAUUAUACGGCAAGGGCGACGAAGCUAGCUCGUUCUGCAGUUCUUACACCAAGACUGUUGCAACAGCUGGACAAGUUUAUCCUGCAUACCUUACAGCAUAUUCGACCACAUCUGAGCGUAUCUCUAGCGCCUGCACCUGCUUGAGCGUUUCUCCUCUUACUACUUCUACUACUUCUACCACAUCAUCCGCUCCCGAAGUUCCUCAGGUUCCUGAGGACCCCGGCUGGACAUCAACCUACACAUGGACUGAAGCCGUUCUCCCAACUUUCACAUCUUUCCCAUCUUAUGAAGACAAUCCAGUUACACAACCUCUGUUCCCAACGACUACACAAGUCGACUCUUUGCCUCCGGCAUACACGCCAGUCAAUGAUUGUAUCUUCGACCCUCUUGCGGCUCCAGAUACCAAAUAUGUAAGUUCAGCCUGGUCAGUCGAUUUAAUUGGAGCAAGGAUUAACGAAGUUCAGGAACUUUUCAUGUAUGGACCAGAUGAGGCCAGCAAUGACUUUAUCGUGGCCGAUGAUAUGAUCAUCAAGCUGCUCGGUGACCCAAAUUUUGCAACAGAAGAAGAAGCCAAUGCAUGGGAGGCGCCUCUAUUCCGCCUCUCUCGACCAGCAACUUCGAGCUUGUAUGAUAUUAUCAUCGAAACUCCCCAAGGCAACCGAUAUCUCGGUUAUGACCCAACCAAUGGGAACAUCCUGGUUGCAGCCUCAAGUUCAGGACCGGCAACCGAAGUUCCAUCGAUAGGCGAUGUGGCACCGAUUAGGACAACCGCAUUCAUCAUCGGAUGCGAUGGCAAAAUAGAAUUAGUCAUGGAUAGUAAUCGAGUCCGUUGGGGUUACCGGACUGAAAACCUAAAUCUAUAUGGUUACGGUGCCGCUGGAGGAGAUUUGAUUAUCAAAGCCACACCCAAGCCUCCAGCCACCGAGAUACAACGUCGUGGUAGGGGCAACUGGGGAGGAAACCCUCGCUGCCCUAAUUUAGCAAACUCUUGGGCUUCUGUACGAGGUGGUGCUCCAGGCACCUAUAACAUCAACUACUGCGGUGAAGGUUAUACCCAAGGCAUUGAGGAUGGUGGAUUCUACUAUGUUAGAAUCACCUGUCAAGAUCUUCACAGAUGUUACAGUGAUUGCAGCAGGACCUGGGAAGAGUGCAAUACCGAGUUUUAUGACCGUGGACAUGGUUUGUCCGGCGAUUUCCGAUGCAGAAGCUUGAACUGGAAGAACGGUUCUCAAGGAAGAUGCUUCAAGGUCGUCACCGAUAUGACUGAGCGUUUGAAGGGCGGUACAGGGCGAAACAACUUCAACAGAGCCAAUUCAGAUAGAUGCACUUGCAACUGUGACAAUGGCGGCAGUAUCUGCAAUGGCCAGUGCGCCGACUCCAACUUUCUCUCCAGCAAAGACAACUGCGGAGCAUGUGGCAGACGCUGUGAAGGCGAUUUGGUCUGCAAUAGCUCCCGACAGUGUGAUUGCAACUGGGGCGCUCUCGGCAGGAACAGCCCAGAUAACUGCGGUGUUUGCGGCCGACGAUGUGCGACUGAGAAGGGUAUUAUCUGCUCCAAUGAGCAAUGUAUCUGCCCCUUCGAUACUCAGACCGACCGAAAUAACUGCGGUGCCUGCGGAAACAUCUGUCCGACCGGAACACAUUGCAAUGGUGGUCAAUGUGUUUGUAACGAAGAUCAAUGCGGAAACGUUUGCCUGAGCCUCAAAUAUAACCCCAACAACUGCGGAAGCUGCGGAACCGUUUGCGCAAGCGGAUUUUGCUUCAGUGGAACCUGUUACGACCCUCCUGUCGAUGCUCCUGUCUGCCAGCCCAAGGAGAUCAUUGUCAAUGGGGGCUUUGAUAACGGCAUGGCUCCAUGGACUGGACCCGACAGCACGGGGCGUACUUCUGGCCAAAUCUUGACAGACCCAAGAUCCCCUCCAGACUCUCCAAAUAGCUUGCAGAUCGUCCUCCCAGCCAGCGAACUCCGAUACACACAAUUCGCGGACAUUGGACAGGCGAUCGACAUCUGCGUUAACCAAAGAUACCGUAUCAGAUAUUUCGUACGAGUGGAAAGAGCAAAUUCUUUUGGAGGAGGCUGUGAUGUCGCCGUUCUCGUGCCGGGUCAACAAUUCGUAGUACAAGCAAUUGACAUCUAUAAACAAGAGUACACCGAAGUCGUGGUCGAUUUCACCUCCGACCAGGGCGUUGUCACCUCACCCAUGUUCUGGCAAAGCAUCCUUACAUCGGAUGGCGCUAAUGCCAGAAGUACCGUGACUUUCAGAGUCAUGUGUAAGGGUGGAAGCACAGGCGGUGGUCUUAUCCGCUUCGAUAGUAUUAGCAUCGCUCCGAUCUAA